AUCGCUCGUUCUGACUGAUCGGAAAAAUAAACAUGAAAGAACUGUAAAAAGAUAAGCCACAAAAGUUCAGUUUCUACUACGCAUCACUAAGAUGGACAGGACGGCUGCGGCGACCGAUCUACAGCACUACUAUCUGGAACUAUCGCCGGAUCCAAUUCGAUUCGACGCCGUCAGCCAGUUGACGAAUGUAUUCUUCGACGAUGCCAAACAGCAGGUUUUUGCGGUCCGUUCCGGAGGAGCCACCGGCAUUGUGGUCAAGAGUGCGACUGAUGCCCAAAACAUAUCCUUCUGCAUGGAGGACCGUGGUACGAUUCGGUCGAUAAAAUUCUCCCCGGACAAUCAGAUUUUGGCCAUUCAGCGGAACGAAACGUCCGUCGAGUUUGUGCCGUUCACCACCGGGGGAGUAACGCAACAGCUUCAGCCACUGGUGCAGGAUAUGUUCAUCCAUCAUGGGAAAAACAGCAUCUACGGGUUUGUUUGGGUUCAGGAAAGACAGGUGGCGCUGAUUUCCAAUGCCGGAGUGGAAAUCCACUUGCUCAAUUUGGACAAAAAAUCACUCAAGUCGGUAAAAUCUCUCAACAUGACCGUAAACUGGUUCAGCUUUUGUCCGACCUCGAAUUUUGCACUACUAUCGGCGAACAUGGGCACGAUUUUGACACCGAUUCUACUGAAAGCUUCGACUAUUACCAAGCUUCCUCGAUUAGAGCUGGGAACCGGGCAGAGUUGCUCGGGUCGGGAUGUAACUUUGGCUCAGCUCCAUGGAACGAAUGCGAUAAUGAUUCUGAAGCAGCUUCAAAACCGACAGUUUGAAGUUGUGAUCUAUUUGUUGAACGGUCCUGGGCUGGCCCCUAGGAAAUCGCACAUUCUGCGACUAGGUCAAAAUGGACGGUUUGCUAUGAACAUCGUCGAUGAUGUUAUAGCAGUUCAUCAUCAAGCUACGGCCACCUCGAUGCUGUUCGAUAUUGCGCUCGGGGGAGUGGAGACAGAACCGGGUUCGGGGGCCAUCAUUCAUCAACCGAUAAUCCCAGCCAAGACCAUCAAACCGUUUUCGUUGGAAGUUCCAAGCAUUUCUCUCGAUGGCCAGACGAUGAAUUGUGAUCUUUAUUCCCAGCAUUGGGUCCUUUUUCAACCGAACAUAGUGAUCGAUGCUAAAUUGGGAUGUCUGUGGUAUGUUCAAUUGAAGCUGACUACUCUAUGCACAUUGAUCACGGAUCGGCUUCGUUUGGUGGAAUUUCUUCUUCAACGCACCGAAGGCAAAUCUGUUCUGCUGAAUGUAGUCAAAGAAAUGAUGACAACCAACUACAGCGGAACGAUGCUACCAAUAAUAGAAAGCAUCUUCAACAAACUUAACUCACUGUACAAGACCGUCUUGGACAGUGAAUUGCAAAGUCAGAUGGCUCUAUUGGCACUCACCAUCAAGUCUCAGCCGCAAAAAACCAUCUCAACACCCCGGGUUAUAAUCGAUCAAUCGGACAUGUAUACGGUAGUAUUUGCCACCAUGAGCGAAUACGAACAACUUGGCAAAAUUUUGCUGCUCUAUCUACAUUCCCUAGCCCGGCACGGAAUAACGCCAAGCCACGAGCUGAGCAAACAGAUAGUGAUCGAUCUUGUAAAACACAAGCAGUUCGUCACCCUGGAACAGUUGCUGAAGUAUUCCGCCCUAAAUGAAUCCAAACCGCUAGCUUGCUUUCUGCUGUCGCUAUCCAACUCGGAUCCAUCGAUAGCGCAGAUGGCCCUGGACAUGCUUGCCCGGCUGAAUGCCCACGAAAUUAUCCUGGAAGUGCUGCUUGAGAAGGGUCAGGUCAUUGAAGCGCUCCGCAUGGCUAAGGAGCAGCUACCGAAUGGGGCCGAUAGUCUGCCCGCCCGAAAAUAUCUGGAAGCUGCGUUUAAAACGAACGAACCACUCAUUUUCCACUCUGUGUAUAGCUUCUUCCAGGCGAAGAACGUUCGACUUCGGGGGUCUCCGGAUUUUUUGAAACGUUAAUGAACAAUGUGGAGAGUACGUGCAACAUUACCAAAAUUUGAUUACUUCACAAUGUCUGUAGCUAAGGUAAGUGAACCUGUGUUUGUUGUAUUUCUGCGAUAAUUAUGAUUCAUAUACGCUAUAAAGGAGAUGAUUUAUUUAAACCAUA